GCCGGGUAGGAAACGACAAAUGCCUCGGCGCCUGCGACCUCAGGGCAGUUCGAGGUUCCGCCUGACGAGCGUGCGGCUGCCGACGCGGCCGCCUUACUCUCCUCAGGGCCGCCGCUGCUGCUGCCGUUGCUGCUACUGCUUCCCGGACAGCCUGCCGCCGACACUACCACAGCCGCCGCCACCGCCGCCGCCAGAGCCAGAGCCACGGCACGACCGGCGCCCACGACGUCACCACGCCCCGCCCUCCGCGCACACCUAGCCCCGCCCCCUGCCGCCCGCGCGGCGCCCUCGCCCCGCCUCCCUCUCUUGCGGGUGGACGGGCUUUCCCUCGUCCCCCCACCCCCUCCCCGGGGAAGCGCCCCGCGACGCGGCUCAGCGGGACCGCACGCCAGGAUCGACCAGGGCGGCGCUUCGAGGCCGCGAAGGUAACUGGGUGCCGAGGCAGAGUUGCGCCACACGUAGCGCCGCCCCUCUUACACACACACACACACAUACACACUCUCACACACACACACACACACACGGCCGAGCGUCCACGGGGAGCCCGGGCCGCGAUGUCGAGCUAGGAAGGUGCGGACGAGGAGAGGCGGCGUUUGUCUCCUCCUGCUUGCCGUAGGACGUAGGCGGCUGGAAGCCCCAGAAGUGGAGUGGCCUUUCCCAAACCUGGAGUCGCCCCGCCCCCUCCUUGGCAAGCCCGUUACCCGAACCCUGGGACGGCCGCCACCUUAGGAAAUAGCUCAGGGCUUGUCACUAGAGCCACGGCUGCCUGGACACCCUUUGUCCAAGAGAAGUUAGCUUGCUUUCUUCUCACCCCUGGCUUUUGCGCUAUGAGGCUGCGGAAGGCAAUAAUACUCUUGAGUCAUCUGGGCUGUGCAAGCGGUCACUGUAAAAGACUCUUGCCUCAGUAGGUGGCUUUUUUGCUAGGAUCAUUCCGGGGAGGAAGAGUGUGGGCGGAACCUUCUGUCCACAUGCAGUGCGAGUACGGUGCCAAAUGCUUCACCGCGGUACCUUUUUUAUUUAGCCCUCUCACCGAGCAAGGCGAACUACAAAGCAGCUGCUACCUUAUUUUAGACAACCCAAUUUUCUGGUGCUGAAUCUCAACCAUUUCCUUUUGUCAAGUGCAGGC